CUUAAGGCCUGGAAUUCUCUGUGCUUGUGCAAGAGUGGAACACACGCACACACACAUGGAGCAGGAGAAGAAGCUCAAGGUGCUCUGCCUCCACGGCUUUCGGACAAGUGGGGGUUUCCUGAAGAAGCAGAUCAGCAAAUGGCACCCUUCCAUCCUCCAGCAGUUCGACACGGUCUUCCCUGAUGGCCAGUUCCCAGCUGGGGGGAAGUCGGACAUCGAGGGCAUAUUCCCCCCACCAUACUUUGAGUGGUUUCAGUUCGACAAGGAUUUCACCGAAUACACAAAUUUAGACGAGUGCAUUGCCUAUCUGUGUGAUUACAUGGUGAAAAACGGGCCUUUCGACGGUCUGCUUGGAUUCUCCCAGGGCGCAACACUUUCAGCCCUUUUGAUAGGCUACCAAGCACAGGGCAAGGUGCUGAAUGAUCACCCACCAAUUAAGUUCAUGGUGUCAGUAUCCGGGAGCAAAUUCAGGGACCCAAGCAUCUGCGAUGUGGCCUACAAGGACCCGAUCAAGGCGAAAUCUGUACAUUUCAUUGGAGAGAAAGACUGGCUCAAAGUACCUUCCGAGGAGCUGGCUUCUGCCUUUGCUGACCCUCUCAUCAUAAGGCACCCCCAGGGUCACACUGUCCCCAGGCUUGAUGAGGCAUCUGUGAAGCAGCUUUCUGAAUGGAGCGCAAGCAUCCUGGAGGAUCUCAAGAACGCAGACGCUCCCAAGGCCUCAAAUUCAGAGAGUUCAGGAGAUAAGGACAGUGUCGGCGUGGAGUCAGCAGAAAACCUGAUGGAACAAGUUGCAGCUUGAGGCAGUAGCUGAACUUUGCUUGUUGGGUUGGUGUCUGAAACCUGUUGCUUGCUUGCUGUAUCCAGAUGGUAGACCUUGUUCACCGUAUUAGCCUCAUUGAGAUAUGAGAAUAAAUCAGUCCCGAUUUGCCUGUUCU